AUGACGGUUUCAUACACCCUCAAAGUGGCAGAGGCUCGCUUUGGUGGCUUCUCUGGCCUGCUUCUCCGCUGGAGGGGAAGCAUCUACAAGCUCCUCUACAAGGAGUUCCUACUCUUCAUUGUCCUGUACGCUCUGCUCAGCAUCACCUAUCGGCUGCUGCUGACCCAGGAGCAGAGGCAUGUGUAUGCGCUGGUGGCUCAGUACUGCAACCGCUCUGCAGACCUCAUCCCCUUGUCCUUCGUGCUGGGUUUCUAUGUGACUCUGGUGGUGAACCGCUGGUGGGCCCAGUACACGAGCAUUCCUCUGCCAGACCAGCUGAUGUGCGUCAUCUCAGCCAGCGUGCACGGGGUGGACCAGCGCGGCCGUCUGCUGCGGCGCACUCUCAUCCGCUAUGCCAAUCUGGCGUCGGUGUUGGUGCUGCGCUCAGUCAGCACUCGUGUGCUCAAGCGCUUUCCCACCAUGGACCACGUGGUGGACGCAGGUUUUAUGUCCCAGGAAGAAAGAAGAAAGUUCGAGAGCCUGAAAUCUGACUUCAACAAAUACUGGGUUCCCUGCGUCUGGUUCACCAACCUGGCUGCACAGGCGCGGAGGGACGGGAGAAUCCGUGAUGACAUCUCUCUUUGCCUACUUCUGGAAGAGCUGAACAAGUACCGUGCCAAGUGCAGCCUGCUGUUCCACUACGACUGGAUCAGCAUUCCCCUCGUCUAUACUCAAGUGGUCACCAUAGCUGUAUAUUCCUUCUUUGCUCUCUCUCUGGUUGGUCGCCAGUUUGUGGAGCCAGAGAAAGGGACUGCCCAAGAGCCGGUGCCAGUCCUGGGAGACCUGGACAUGUACGUGCCCCUCACCACCCUGCUGCAGUUUUUCUUCUAUGCUGGCUGGCUCAAGGUGGCUGAACAGAUCAUCAACCCUUUUGGAGAGGAUGAUGAUGACUUUGAGACCAACCAGCUCAUAGACCGUAAUCUACAGGUAUCCCUGCUAUCUGUCGAUGACAUGUACCAGAAUCUGCCUCCUGCUGAGAAGGAUCCAUACUGGGGCGAGGGCUUAGCCCAGCCACCCUACACUGUAGCCACAGCAGCUGAGACGCUGCGGCCUUCUUUUCUAGGCUCCACUUUCAACUUGCGGAUGAGCGAUGACCCAGAGCAGAACUUGCAGGUGGAAGCAUCCCCAAGGUCUGCCCGGAGCCCCAGCGUGCAGACUCCGCUGCUCAGCCGCUUUCUGGGCACUGGAGUGCCCUCUCCGGCCAUCAGCCUCCGGACCUUCGGCCGCCCACGAGGAGCCCCUCGCACACCUCAUCUGCUGCGUUUCCAGGACGCGGAGGGAGCUGAACCUGAAGCCGGUGAUUGCAUUGAGGAGGCUGUGGAGCCAGUGGACAAGGCCUCGGAGCCCUGA